UGCAAUCCCAAUGCGUUGAGUUCCUCUCCUCGAGCUAGUGAUAUGAGGCUCAAGUCUUUCAUCUGUCCAAACGCAGAGUUUCUAACAGCUCGCCCACCACGCACAUUACAUCUGGAAUCUGAGACCACCAUCUCCCACCCACCGUUCCCUGGGCGCCACAUGGCGAAUGCUGAUUGGGUUGCUCUGGCGGAGCUAUGGAUGCGUAGCUACUGCCCGCCAAUGGACGCCACUCUGACGGAGCAGCUCGCCGCGCGAACCGUCGCGUCACUCGCCGCACCAUCCGUCCAUGAUGCCACCCGUUCAGGUGCGCCCGCCACACGGCCUUCGGGAGAGCCGCCGCGCGAGGCGGUGGCGGGGAAGGUGCAGCAAGAGCUGGCGGCGCUGAUGGGCGGGGAGCCGCAGGGAGGGUCGGAGACGGACGGCGAAGGGGAGGGGACAAUGCGCGUGUGCGAGAGCGUUGAGAAGCACUGCCUGCAGUCACUGGUCGACAUUCAAGUGUCGCACGGCCGAUGCCAGUGCACUAUCGCCGUCACGCCUGAACUCGUGAAUCGCUACAACACGCUGCACGGAGGAGCCAUAGCCACGCUGACAGAUGUGGUGACGUCAGCGGCGCUGAUAGCGGCGGUGGGGCCGCCAGGAGGCGUGUCGACGGACCUGAGUGUGGCGUACCUUGACGCCGCCAAGAUCGGGGAGCUGGUGGAUGUGGAUGCGUCGGUGCUGCGAGUGGGCAAGUCCCUCGCCUUCCUGCAGGCUCUCUUCCACCGACGCAGUGACGGUGUGCUGCUGGCGGUGGGGCGCCACACCAAGUUCCUGGUGGGGCCGCAGAGGCAGAGCAGGGCGCCUGUGAGGACAGCAGGGGGGCAGGCGGAGCAGCAAGGCCGCCAGGGUAGUGGAGCGGGCAAGGAGGGUGAUGCAGGUGCUGCAUGCAGCACAGUAGCCCUGGGAGUUGGGCUGGGCAACCAAGUCACAGUACGAUCCAGGCUCUGAAGCCCGCAUACGUUUUUCCAAGCUUACUUGGCGUUGGCAGCCUGCAUUCAUGCUGCAUCCCGUUAUUCGUGCUAGCUUUUGCCUUGCAGUGCAUGGGAACUGCUUGGCCAGGAAUCAAGAACAAAGGAAUGCCCUAGCGCUUCUGGACUUCGUGAGAGGAAUUCAAGAUGAUUGGCACA